AAAAUCAACAAAUCAGCAAAAGCUAACUAGUAGCUCCAGCAGAACAGAUGACUUGACAUCAGGGCUCCUAAUAGCAUGUUACUUCCUUUUACAGGAAAGGAAAAGGCGUUGUUGGUGUGAUAAGUUAGACAAGGUUCUGCAGAGAAGUAUCGCUGCACUGCAGUUUGCACACUCGCCUUGAUUUUCCGUGCUUAAGCACUCUGUACAGAUAGAAGCCAGAGGAGCCAUUCAAAAUGUGGGACAGGAGAAAACUGCUUCUUGCUGCAAUCAUUUUCGCAGCUCUCAACUACAAAUUGACAAGCACAAAAAUGCUGGACAUGGCCUCAGAUGCUGUAGAUGACCUGUAUGAUGGAUGCCGUAAAGAGGCCAUGGAGACGUUCAUCAAUCUAGGCCUCUUAGAAAAAGAGCUACACGGCAGUGAGGAAUUCAAGAAGGCAUGGGAUGCAAAUACCCAGUGUUCAAAGCCGAUCCCUAAAGGAACAAAAGAACAUACUGCUGCACUUUUGGCAUAUGCUAGCGAUUCACAUUUUGCUAAGACCUUCGAUGAUGCAGUUGAGACAAUGGGCGGAAAUGUUAGCACCUAUGAAAACCACUUCCAUUUCAAGUCCCUUCACUUCCUGCUCAUGGAUUCAAUGUUGCUGCUCAAUCCAAAGAAAGACUGCAAGACUGUUUAUGUUCUCCAAGAAGGAUACACGGCACAAAAGGGCUCAAAGGUGAGAUUUGGAAGGUUUACCAAAGUUCAAACAAACUAUCAAGCGCUUAGGAAAUUCGAAGAUUGGGAUGGGCAAGUCUUACUAAGUAUCACUUCUUGUAUCUUUGUAAACCUCGGAGACAAUAUUUGUGGUGAAGAAAAGGAUAUGGCCCUAUUAUCUCCAGCUGAAGUUUUUACUGUGGAGGCGGUAAAUAACAUACACGACGAGAUAAAUGACGCAGAAUACACUGAGAUUGUUUUGAAACACUCACAACAGGACAGCUCGCACAACUGUUACAGUUUUUCACGGUCCCCGGCUGAUGUCCCCACCUUGGGGCUUGUGUUGCUGCUUGUGGCUUUCUCUCUUUUUUUUCACCCUGCAUUCCUGGAGCGCAGUGCUCUGGUAGGGUAGUAAGGUGAUAUGAGCUCUUUAAGAUAAGAUGGUGCCCGACGAUGAAGAGCUUUGUAGGUGAAAAGGAUUUUAAAUUCUAUUCUGGAUUUUAAAGGAAGCCAAUGCAGAGAAGCUAAAACCGGAGAGAUGUGAUCUCUUUUCCUGGUUCCUGUCAGAACAUGUGCAUGC